AUGGCGUUAGCCUUUGUAUCCCAGUCUACAUCAUGCACUAGUACUGCUUGUACGGCCAUGUCAGCAUCCGCAUCAGAUGCCGCCAGAGAUUUGCUCUACCAAGAUCAGCAGCAAGCCAUGCUUCGCCGUUCAGAGGUAGAAGAAGCAUUACUGGCGCCUGUCACUAGCAUUAUGAAAGCACCAAAGCUCACGGCCGUUACGGAGCGAGGGACUGGUUUUGCCGCUUCUCAAAAGAGCACCUCACAAGCUCGCUUGGCGAACCAGCAGGCCAAGACAUUGAAACGGGAUGGUGUCCUCUUGGUGGAAAACGUUUUGUCGAAUGAAGUUGCCGAUCAAUUGCGAGCAUUUGUUUUGGAACAACAGCAAGUGGCACAAGAUGUUACGGCAGAAGAUCCUUCCAAGUCUCGAGGGUUUUAUGGUGUGGAGCAAGCCCGAAAGAAUCGUUGUGAUUUGCAAUUGAGUCUCUUACGAGGUGGAUACAAGGCGGAUGCUGAUACUAGUAGCAAUGAUGAUAUUAUUGGAGCAGAAUCAACACAACAUGUCCUGGCGGAUGCUCUUCUGGAGAUUCUUGGCGCUCAAGGAUCCCUCCGGUCUCUCUACGAAAAACUUGUCACUCCCAAAGGAGAAUUCUACGAAUUGGCAGCGGUGGUGACCCAUCCAGGAAGUCACCGGCAAACCAUCCACCCGGACCUUCCCUUUCAAGAUCCAGCUCCUCUGUACGUAGUCUUUUGUGCACUCCAGGACGUGACAGAAGACAUGGGACCCACUAGCUUUUUGUUAAAGAGCCAUACAGCGGCUCAGAAUGCACAAUUCAUGUCGGGGGAUGUGGACGUCAAGAAUGCUCAAUUGACUGGAGCGGAUUGUCGGUUGGCCAAUCUCAAGAAAGGGGAUGCCAUUGUCUUUGAUGCGCGCACUCUGCAUUGUGGGAAUGCCAAUUCCUCCAAAGACAAGAACAAAGCUCGCGCCUUGUUUAAUUUUAGCUUUCGCAAUCCCAAGAUCAGUGGUUCAUUGGGAUAUGAAGGAUCCAUCCGACCGGGAUACUGCCAAGCCAUGUCCUUGGCAGAUAUUGGUGAUGCCCUGUCGGCCUAUGAGAAUGGUGAGGCCGAGCCUUUUGCGAAAUAUGGUGGCGGUCUUUUGUAG